CAUUAUGUUUUGGCUACUAGCAACUGGCCAAAGAGCAAGAGCGAGUUAGUCAAACGGUGAGAGCAGAAGUGGAUACGAGGAGACGCAGGGCUGAGAUCGAAGAUUCUACAUUUCAAAACUUCAUUCAGGCAAAUGCAGAUGUCAGCCAGACAAACAAGAAGAGGCUGGAAGAGUCUCUGGCAGAGGUGGGACAGAUGGAAGUGGAUGCUGAUUGGCAAGCCGAGGUGAUCAAGCGACUGGAAAACGCAAAGGAGAGACAGGAGAAGCAAAGAGAGCGACUUGUGAACCUCAGCAAACAAACACGUUCUAAAGAGGAAGAAGUAGUUCAGCUAAUGCUGGAAGUGGAGGGAAAGCAGUGGGAUGAUGUAGUAGCUAAGCAAGCUAAACUGGAGGAGGAAAGACGGGUGGCCGCCACUGUUAACGCCCAGCGGAGGUCACUUAUCUCUCAGGAAACAGAAGAGACUGAGAAACAUGACAAGCUGCAAAAGAGUCUAGAGGAUUCAUUGAAUCAUCCAAAGAGACUCAGAUCUCCCUGCUCUUCGAGAGGCCUGCUGCACAAGACCCAGAGUGAGACCACCAACAUUUCCUUGAUCAAUCAGUCAGGCGAUUCUACUGGCUUUUCUUUAGAUCGUGGCAGAGGGGAGCUUGACUCUAAGGAAAGGGAGUUGAUGCAGGAAAUCAGAGAACUGAGGACGAAAUUAGCUGCCAGAGCCAGAGCGACUGACUUCGUCUCGCCCUCAACAAGCUCUGUACACUCUCACUGACAACACGGUCACCGCCAACCAGUGUGUGUGGAACCAGGCACACGUUAAAGAGGAUCUGAAAGAAAAUCAUUUUAGAUCAUAUGAGAAGCAUGCUCAGUUUAUAUUUGCUUUACAACGACGCUAAACUGGACA